AUGAUUGCCUUACAGCAAGGAACCACGGAUGAUAAUUUCCGCCGAUCACUAGCCAAGAGGGCCCCUGAAAAUAUGAAUGAGCUCCAGGAGAGGGCCGGGAAGUAUAUCAAGGCUGAGGAAAGCCUGAAGAAAUCUCAGAAUAACCAGGGACCGACCCCGAACCCAAAGAAACGUGGAAACGACACCGAGUACAACGCGGAUAGUAAGUAUUCAAAGACAGGGGAUGGUGAUAAGUCCCCCACCAAAAAGAAAGCAGGACCGAGGUUCACUGAGUUUCAUAAGGAUACAGGACAUAAGACCGAUGAUUGUCGGCAGUUGAAGGAUGAGAUCGAGUUUUUGAUCCGAAAAGGCAAGCUGUCCAUGUAUACUAGGGAUACGGACAAGAAUCCCCGUGACAAUGACAACCGUGGAAGAGACAACGAUGAUAGGAAUAAGAGAAACCAGCCUAGAGGGCCUGUGAUCAAUGUAAUCUCUGGAGGACCGACCGCAGCAGGCCUAUCUAGUAACUCACGAAAAGCUUAUGCUCGUGAAGUGAUGUACAUUGUUGGAGAGCCCCCGAAGAGGGCAAAAAUUGAGUUUGCUCUAGCAUUCGACAAUUUAGAUCUUGACAGAGUUAAAUUUCCCCAUGAUGAUCCUUUGGUAAUCACCCCGGUGAUUGGAAACUCUUCUGUAAAAAGGGUACUCGUUGACAGUGGAGCCUCAGUAGAUAUCUUAUUUCAUGAUGCAUAUGAGAAGAUGGGAUAUUCUGAUUCGCAAUUGACACCUUCAGAUAUGCCUAUAUACGGCUUUAAUAACGUGGAGACAAAGAUUGAAGCAAUCCCAUCCACCUACCACUUGAAGAUCAAAUUCCCUACCAAGAAUGGGGUGGGAGAAGAGAUAUGA